AUGCCAUACCGCGAAAAAAGCGACCAAGAGAAAAUAACUGACAAUUCCGAUAUUGAAGUAGAGACCUAUGAAGAAGAUGUAAACGGUUGCACUCCCUUGGAUAUUAACAUCCUUGGCCUUAUUAGUCUAACUGGACAAAUAUGUCCGGCCGAACCAAGUCUUGAUCUCUGCAUAACCUUACUUGGCGAAUGUUUAGAAGGAGAUCCUACAAAUGAACUGGAGUUUACCGUAAACUUAAUUGUAAUCUCUGGAUCCAUUACAUUCUAUUUGAAUGAAGGUUGUCUAGAAAUAGGAUUCAAUCUCCAAACUCCAUGGGGCUUUGAAUAUGAUGGAAGCGCGCAGAUAUGUUUUUAA